AAAAUGGAAAAACUAAUUAUUCAGAACAAAACACUUAACGAAAAACUAAAUAAUUAAUUAAAAAAAGGUUUUUCUUUUUUCCCACUCACUUUCUCUUGAAAACUUCCCGAGAAACAAACGACGAACAGGCAUGGAGUCGACGCCCGUGAACUGGGAAGCUCUGGACGCACUGGUUAUCGAUUUUGCGAAAUCAGAGAACUUAUUGGAAGAAUCGUCUGUAUCGUCUCCAUUAUCUUCUCCGAAUUCGUCUUCAUCUUCUGUCUCUCUGUCCUCUUCGUCUUAUCACUCGAGAUUGAUCAUUCGCCAGAUCAGACGUUCGUUAGAGGCUGGUGACAUUGACUCUGCGAUUGACCUCCUCCGGUCCCAUGCGUCUUCCAUUCUUGAAGAUCACCGGCUUCUCUUCCGGUUGCAGAAGCAGAAAUUUAUUGAGUUGUUGAGGAGAGGAACCAUAGAGGAUCGAGAAUCGGCGAUAAAUUGCUUGAGGACGGCUCUCGCACCUUGUGCUCUUGAUGCUUAUCCGGAAGCUUAUGAGGAAUUCAAACAUGUUCUUCUUGCCUUUAUAUAUGACAAAGAUGAUCAGACUUCUCCAGUAGCAAAUGAGUGGGCAGAAAGAAGGAGGUUUGAAAUUGCUGGAUUAAUGUCAUCUGUCUUAAGAGCUCAUUUACAUGCGUAUGAUCCAGUUUUUUCGAUGACAUUAAGAUAUUUGAUAAGCAUACACAAAGGAUAUUGCUUUCAUCAGGGACUUCUUUCACCCAUAUCAGAUCUUACUGAGAGGUUACUGCUUGAGGAACGGGACCCCCCCGCAACUCCACAGGAGAGUUCAUAUGAAGCACCUCCUUUUGAUGAGGUGGACAUACAAGCCCUUGCGCAUGCUGUAAAGAUUACAAGACAAGGAGCUGUAGAAAGCUUGAGAUUCACUCGGGGUGAUCUAUUUCAGGCGUUUCAGAAUGAGUUAUGCCAGAUGAGAUUGGAUGUUUCUGUGCUCGAUGAACUUGUUCGUGAAUAUUGUGUUUAUAGGGGUUUUAUUGAUUCCACUCUUGCAUCUUCUUCUGGAAUGCAAACCCCUUCCAAAUCUCUGAAAGUUAACCAACCAGAAUCUGGUUGUUCAUCAAGGAACUGCUCCCUUGAAGUGGAUUGUAGUACAAGUAAACAUUCAGAUGGUGAAGCUUCCAUUAGUAAUACUAAUGUGGAUGCUUCUCCCGAAAAUAAUACUGAUGUGACCAGCAUGCAAGGUACCGAUGUUGAACUACGAUUUGCUGGUGAGCCAAUGGGCAGUCAUGAAGAUUGUAGCACUAGUGGUUCACAUCAGCCUGAAAGUUCGAAAGUUCUGAGGAACAGAGGCAACGGAACUGGAGAAAGGAAUAAACGUAAGAGGUGGAGGGGAAGGCAUGAUGACUUUGGUUAUGUUCCUGAUGUUUCUCACAAUGGAUGUGAUAAGCAAGUACGUGGCUCUUCUUCUAAAAUGUCAAAGGAACAACAGGCCAUGGAAAAUCAUAUCAUUUUUUAUUAUAAUCAUAAGGAUGAUAAAUAUGAAAUUCUACUGGGGAUGAAGGAGCUAGCUAGCAGAGGAAUGGCUGCUGAGGCUGUUGAAGAAGUUAAUACUAUGGAUCCAGACUUUUUUGUGCAAAAUCCUGUUCUGUUAUUCCAACUUAAGCAGGUGAGUAGAUACUGGAUGUAAAUGGCUUCCUUCCCAAAA